AUGGGAUUGGAGGAACACAUCUGGCUAGCGAACGUGAAUCAGCCGAAACACCAGUCUGUAUCGCCCUCGCCGAGCGUAGUUGAUCUGGUAGCAGCUGGUGGGGAGAAUGGAUUGUUACAGAUCACCGGAGGUGGAGGGGAUGCUUCAUCUGCCAAUACCUCCCCUAGGAGAAGGAGGGCUAGGAAAGGAAGCUUAGCAAUGACCCCAUUGUCAACGGUCCCGACCAUCUACUUUGACGAAAACUUCCAGCUUGAGAACCCCCGUACGUUCGAUGUUGUCAGUGAGCGAUCCGAUGUCAUUCGUCCCAUACCCGCCAAUUCAGCCGAAGGGUCCGUGUCAUCGUCUGGAGCCUCGGUGUCCUCGCUCAAUUCGCAACGGAGAGCGCUGGCGACGAAUGCGAUUCUACAAGAGAAGUUAUCAUGGUACAUGGACACAGUGGAAGUUCAUCUGAUAUCUUCCAUCUCAACAGCAAGUUCCUCUUUCUUCGUAGCUUUAGGCGACCUCCGGGAGUUACAUUCGGAAGCUACAGCAAGCGUUCAAAAGAUCCAAAGCCUGCGGAAAGAGUUGGUCAGAUUGGACGAGGAGCAGGCUGUAAAGGGACUGGAGAUUGUUCGAUUGCGACGUCGAAGAGACAACAUAGCAAGGCUAGAAGGGGCCGUCAAGCAGACGGAGCGGGUUCUACAAACCUUCCAAGGCGCUGAAAGGGCUCUUGCCGACAAUGAGGUUGAUGCUGCUCUCGCGGGCGUCGCAGAAACUGAGAGAUUGAUCUUUGGAAGAGGCCAAGAGGGGUUACUGGACCUCCGCCCUGUACGAGCCCUCGAAUCUGUCAAUGCGGAUCUAGUUCACCUCCGUUGGCGCAUAGGCAAAGCGUUCGAGGCCCGGUUCGUAGAAGGUCUACUCACAGACCUUCGAAAGCAUGUGGAGCGAGUACCACCCGCUGAAACUCUAAGACGCUUUGCCCAAAGUUUCCAAAGAGAGCAAUAUCAAAGAUUUGUUUCCGCGAAGCAGCAAGGCAAUAUCCAGCUACCCCCCCGUUCAUCAAGCCUACCUCCGGAAUACACUCAGCUCUCGGAUAGUUUGCGAUCCCAACUUAUGCGACACCUCAACGGCCUGCAGCGCGCAAAGCACGUUAAUGAGGCGGUUCAAGCGUAUAGAGAUGCAGUUAUCAAGGAAGCCAAAAACCUAAUACGAAGAAACAUGCCUAGUGGUGAUGACAACGAAAGUGUGAUGUCCGGCAUGACUAACUCUCGCUCUGGCGGUAUCCGAACUAGCAGUCAGGAUAAAUCCUUGCUACUCGCUCGCUCACUGCGCUCACUUGGUCCCGCCGAUUCAGAAGACUUACUCGUGAGGAUCUACACAGGUGUAUCUGAACUCGUCCGUCGACUAGGCACCCAGCAAAAAAUGCUUCUAGAUGUAACAAUGCGCAUGGGAGAAACCGGAGUUGGCGGGAUGCUCUCACCACGGCUUGAGCAGAAUGGCUUCCACGGAGCCACGAACGGAGAGCAGAACCCCAACGGCGGCCCAGAGCCCAUCAGCAUGGACAUCUCAGACCUGAUCAGCUCCGCAGUGGAAAUAGCACAAUCCCAAAUCGUCAAGAUUGUCAAUGUUCGCAGCGAGCAAGUUACCCUCUAUGGCACAGACUGGUUCCUGCGAUACUUCACCCUCAACCGAUUAUUCACGCAAGAGUGCGAAGCAGUAAGUGUUCGUGUCGGUAGUGGGCUGCAGAACGCUGUCAGCGCUCAGAUUCGUGAAUUCCUGAAUUUGUGGCAGCGAGAGCGAAUCCGUAUGCUGGCGGAAUGCCUCGAGAAGGAUAAAUGGGCGCCGCGCGAAUUCGAAGAUGAACGGCAGAAGGGUGUCGACAGAAUAAUGGAGGCGGCAACCCGUGAUCCGGAGGAUUGGGUGCGUGCAGUAGCCAAUGGUAACUGCGCCGAAGCCAACGGCGUCAGAGCGCCAGCACCAGGGAAACCCUACGCGGUAGUCGACAACCAGAAAUUUAUCCUCCCAGAAAGUGGAAUAAUGGUAUUAAAGGAACUAGAAGGCUACCUAAAGCUCCUAAUAGUAAUUCCCGGCAUGGCAACAGACAUUGCCAACAGCCUCCUCUCAUUCCUAAAACUUCACAACUCCCGAACCUACCAAUUAAUCCUCGGCGCCGGUGCCACCAAAACCGCCGGCCUGAAGUCCAUAACAACAAAGCACCUAGCCAUGGCUUCGCAAGGCAUAAGUAUAAUCACCUCGCUGCUACCCUACCUGCGCGAGACAGUACGGCGGCGAACGCCGCAAUCCCCGACGCUACAAGACUUCGAUAAAGUGAAGCGCACCUACCAGCAAUACCAAUCCGAAAUUCACACGAAGCUGAUUAGCAUCAUGUCCGAGCGCGUGAAGGUCCACGUGUUGAACCUGAAAGCGCAGGAUUGGGGCGUUGCGAGGGCCAGCGAGGAAGCAGGAGCGAAGUAUUACAUGGAAACACUCUGCAAGGAGACUACAGUCCUGCACAAAGUCCUCUCGAAACACCUGCCCGAGGAGACAUUAGUCGGGAUCAUGACGCCAGUGUUUGAAGAUUAUAGGGUCAGGAUUGGAGAUGGGUUUCGGGACGUGGUGGUUCGGAGUGAUGGUGCCAAAGAACGCAUGAUCCAAGACGCCCAAAUGUUCAUCGAUCGCCUAUCCAAGUUGGAAGGGUACUCCGAUUCUGGUGAUGCGAUUCUGCAAAUCGCCCAGGCGAAAGUUGUAGUCGGCAGGAGUUCCACUCCAGCCUGGUGGCUCUUAGUGGUUGCCCUUUCUCUUUCCUUUUUUAUUCUUGUCGUCUGCUUGUUUGCUUGUUUCUCUCUCGUUAGAUGGCGUUUAUAUAGCAUUCUUUUCUCUUUUAUCUUUCCUGUGUUACGUUUCUGCUUUACUCGGUUACUUUCUUGUCUGCUUGCUUGCUUCCUUCUUUUUUCUUCGUUUCCUAGAUGGGUGUAGUUUUAGUGUAGUCUAUGGUACGGUGAAAAUGGAACGGAAGGAUGGACGGGGUAAAUGUUGGAAGGUACUAAUCAACGAAUCAAUCGUAUAUCACAAAAA